CAUAGAGAAAAUUUCUGUCAUCGCCGAUGAGAUCAAACCACCGAUCCGUAUACAACAUGACGGGUUGGUCGUGUGGUACAUACCGAGCGUGCUCAAAGUGUACUGCGAGACUCGGAUACUCAGCUUCCCCUUUGACUCUCAAACAUGUGUCAUCAAAAUCUAUGCCUGGGGAUACACUGAUAAAGAAAUCUAUAUGUUUCCAAGACAAGAUUACUCCAGUUCUGAAAGUGAGUCCGUCUUAAACCUGUACAGUCCCAAUGGCGAGUGGAUCUACGAGGGGUCAAGCAUACAGGCGGAGAACGUUCCCUCUGGCCGCAACAUGAUACAGAGAGUGAGAACCAGACCGGCGUGAUGUGCAUGGGUACGGUGGCCACCCUCCUCACUGCCGGGACGGUCACGAUGUACAGCCGACCAGAGGACGACCCCGUGCCGCGCUGGGUCAUCUCUACGUGUGACAAGGUCUUCAGACCCUUCGCCUGCAAGACCAAGGCCUCCUCCUCCUCCUCCUCAGAUCCUCGCAAUAAACCUACAUCAAGCAACUCCGAAAUCACGAGAAAUUCGAACGGUCAGUUCGAUGCUCGAAACACGAACAACACAUAUUCUAACCUCCACAACUCUGUUGAUUGUGGGAGACAUUCUCCUUCAGACGGUUCCGCGACUUCCAUUGGUUCCAGUGGCCGUGGCGCGUCUCGUCAGUAUAUUAAUAACGCUGAUCGCCGGGACAGAAAGUAUAAUGAUUUGUCGGAGGACGCUGUACAUUUCACGGAGACUGGUGUCACUAGCGGUCAUCUCGGAGAGAGACCAGGGCGCGAGGGAGGCGGGGUCAUGACCACCACUACGUGGAAGGACGUGGCUCACCUGGUGGACGCCGUGUGUCUCAGGGUCAUCAGUCUGACCAUCCUGGUGGGAACGUGUUCCCUCGUCCUCUUCUACACCAUCUCCUACUAAAAAUACAAAUCAACAAAAGAUAACAAAAAAAUACCCAACCAACUCAGGAAUGUGAACUACAAUCCCAACACAAGAAGAAGACCCUGAUGGAAUUUAAUAUGAAUGACAUAUAUUCAUAUUAUCUUUGUGAAUGUGUUAUUGAAUAAGCAACAUUUGGGAAACAGACAAUAUACUUCAUACAUUAAAAAUUGUGAAUACAUUCCACAUA